AUGUCAGUCUCAGCAAUGCUACGCAGAACUUUUAUAAAUGGAACCGUAUAUUCAGCGGCUGCAAUGCGUAUGGCUUCAACACAACCGGAUAAAAAUGUAUAUUUCGAUGUCACAGCCGAUGGUGAACCGUUAGGCCGAAUAGUUAUGAAACUAAAUUCUGAUGAAGUUCCUAAAACUGCUGAAAACUUUAGAGCAUUGUGUACUGGUGAAAAAGGGUUUGGUUAUAAAGGAUCUUCAUUUCACAGAAUCAUUCCUGCGUUCAUGUGCCAAGGUGGAGAUUUUACAAACCAUAAUGGCACUGGAGGAAAAUCUAUUUACGGCCGGAUGUUUCCUGAUGAGAACUUCAAACUGAAACACACUGGUCCUGGAAUUCUAUCAAUGGCUAAUGCUGGCCCCAACACUAAUGGAUCGCAGUUCUUUAUUACAACUGAUGCUACACCAUGGCUUGACAGGAAACAUGUUGUUUUUGGUUCAGUAGUUGAAGGAAUGGAUGUUGUGAGAAAAAUGGAAGGUUUGGGUUCCAAGAAUGGAAGGCCCUCUAAAAAAGUGGUUAUUGCGGAAUGUGGUGAGUUAGAUUAG